AUGGAUGUAGGCGACACUAACACAGAGUCGAGUUUGAACAUUACCCAGCCUGUCGGCGUUACUAACCAGUCUGCUAAUGUAACAUCGGCUGGUGUGAGAUCGACGUUUCUCUUUCUUUUCAUCGUCUUGUCUUUGAUCGGAAACGUCAGUUUGAUCAUUGCAAUCGCGAGUAGUGAUCGCUUGAAACACUACGUCCUGAACUUAUUCGUAUUGAAUAUCAGUUGCGCUCUUCUCUGUGACACUGUUCUGAACAUGCCUCUUAUUUUAGGUGCAAGCAUCGUCGGAUCGUGGCCCAUCGGCGAGUUCAUGUGCCAAUAUAAUGCGUUUUUCCUUCAGCUUGUUGAUAUCGCAAUUCUUCUUGGACUCGCUUUAGUGGCAGUCGACCGCCUUGUGGCUGCCAGAUCCCCACACAUAUAUCCCGACCAGUUUUCCCGUUUACGGACAAACUUACUGAUAUGUGGAACAUGGAUACUAGGAGUUGCGUUCGCAUUUCCGUUACUUGUACAAGCAAUCACCAGUCAAUAUUUUAAUUCACGGUUUCUCUGCUCUGUGGCCAAUGACACGACGUUUGUUUAUUUAGUGUUCGUCUCCCUUUUCUGUUUCAUUUUGCCGAUUGUUUUUAUCUUUGUAGCCUACAUCAUCAUAAUUAGGGUAGGGGUGAAGGAAAAACUUCGCGUUAGAGCGAUGAACACGCAGAUGCAUUACGCCAACGAUCUGUUUGAACGUCCGCCCCUCUGGGAGGAGAUGAAAUCCGCAAAGCAGGCGGGGAUUAUUCAGAUUGCAUGGUGUCUUCUCUGUGGUCCGUAUUUACUGAUGGCUGCCAUUGGACAAUACGAGAAUAUACCAAUAAUAGAAAAUUCCGUUAACAUUGAUAUUGACUAUUCCAGUGGUAUGCAAACUGCUUUUGUCUGGAUGAGGCUGUUGUUUGCUGUUGUUUUCCCGUUUCUGACAUUUGUGAUGCGUCCAGAGGCCUGGCAAGAUUUAAAAGAUGUUUUUACAUGUAACCGAGAUAGCACUGUAGCUGCUAGUCCAAGAAACAACACUCCUGUCCAUAUUAUACAGAACAAGACUGUUGUUCAUUCCGUCCCUACAAGUGCUCCACCUGCGGAAAGCCUACCUGAAAAGAAGCAACCCCUGAAUAAUCUGGGAUAUCAGGUGCCCGUGUUAUUCGCUACUUCAAAUGGCUUACGAUUGCAAAUUGGGAACAGUUUUGAAGAAAACGAUGUCAACAGCGGGGACUUUUUCCAUGCGGAUAUGUUUGAUACAAAAAGUAGUAGCACCACUGACUUUGAUUCAACAAUGAAUUCUUCAAAUACUGCUGAGUUUGGACUUUCCGGGGAAGUGACUCAUUACCAUGGGAACCAGAAUGAGAAGCCAAACUACAAUACAUAUCAGCAGACUAAAAGUGCCAUAUCAAAGAGUGAAAUCAAAAUUGAAAGAAAAACACCAACUAGCCCAAGAAAAGUAAGGAAUAAACCAUCGGGAAUAUAA